AGAAGAGAAAAAGGGUAGUGAGUGAGUGAGAGAGAGAGAGAGAGAGAGAGAGUGGGCAUCUAUAUAUCGAUCUAUCGGAUCAAUAAUGGCAUGUUUAAACAUGUUGAGCAAUGAGCAGCAAGUUGCAGCAGCAAGGAUCUCCUUCUCCAAUGAUUUCGCUGAUUCUUCUCAACACCCCAUCACUCUCAGGCAGGAUUUCAGCUACAAGGAGGCGCCCGUGUCCUCCGACAACUUCGAGUUCUCGGUCUCCGGCUACACCAUGAUUUCUGCAGACCAGGUUUUCUGCAAGGGAAAACUGCUGCCAUUGAAGGACAGCAAGACAACCACUACGCUUCGAGAUGAGCUCCUGCAGGGCAAUGACGACGACAAUGACUACGGAGAUCUGUUCCCCAGAAUAAUGCAGCCCAAUAAGGGGUGGAGGGAGCGUUUGGGGUUGAAGAGAUCCCACAUUAUUUUUCCUAGGAAACCUGCACACAAUAAGAACAACAACCUCGAACGAAUCGAUGAAACCAAGGUCCCUGAUUUGUUCAAUGCAACUCAGCACAAAAGUAAGUAGAGGAGGAUCGGAGUGUGUUUUCUUGAUUCAUUAGAGCUGAUCUGAGCAGCAACCAAGCUAAUUAAGUUACGUUGUUUAAGAAUUUUGGGGUGUUCGUUGUUAAUCUAUCUAACCUGGAUAUUAAUGCAUUUUCGAUCUAUC